AGUGUGGGAAAAGAUUUACCAACAAAAGUAAUCUUAACCAACACAUCCUAACCCACACUGGGGAGAGAAAGUUCCAGUGCCUGGAGUGUGGGAAAAGAUUUACCAUGAAAGGUGAUCUUGACAGACACACCCUGACCCACACUGGGGAGAGAAAGUUCCAGUGCCUGGAGUGUGGGAAAAGAUUUACCAUGAAAGGUGAUCUUGACAGACACAUCCUGACCCACACUGGGGAGAGAAAGUUCCAGUGCCUGGAGUGUGGGAAAAGAUUUACCAACAAAAGUAAUCUUAACCAACACAUCCUGACCCACACUGGGGAGAGAAAGUUCCAGUGCCUGGAGUGUGGGAAAAGAUUUACCAACAAAAGUAAUCUUAACCAACACAUCCUGACCCAUACUGGUGAGAGAAAGUUCCAGUGCCUGGAGUGUGGGAAAAGAUUUACCAGGAAAAGUGAUCUUAACAAACACAUCCUGACCCACACUAGGGAGAGAAAGUUCCAGUGCCUGGAGUGUGGGUAAAGAUUUACCCACAAAAGUAAUCUUAACCAACACAUCCUAACCCACACUGGGGAGAGAAAGUUCCAGUGCCUGGAGUGUGGGAAAAGAUUUACCAUGAAAGGUGAUCUUGACAGACACAUCCUGACCCACACAGGGGAGAGAAAGUUCCAGUGCCUGGAGUGUGGGAAAAGAUUUGCCCACAAAGGUAAUCUUAACAAACACAUCCUGACCCACACUGGGGAGAGAAAGUUCCAGUGCCUGGAGUGUGGGAAAAGAUUUACCAUGAAAGGUGAUCUUGACAGACACAUCCUGACCCACACUGGGGAGAGAAAGUUCCAGUGCCUGGAGUGUGGGAAAAGAUUUACCCUGAAAGGUACCCUUAACAGACACAUCCUGACCCACAGUGGGGAGAGAAAGUUCCAGUGCCUGGAGUGUGGGAAAAGAUUUACCAGGAAAGAUACCGUUGACACACACAUUCUGACCUACACUGGUGAGAGAAAGUUCCAGUGCCUGGAGUGUGGGAAGGGAUUUACCCACAAAAGUAGUCGAUACACACAUCCUGACCCACACUGGGAGGAGACCUUCUGGAGGAAAGAGAAGAAAAUGAACAAGUGGCAGGUAAUCUUGACACACACACACACACACACACACACACACACACACACACACACACACACACACACACACACACACAUCCUGAGCCACACUGGGGCUUGUACAAGUACAAACUAGGCUCACCUUGAGUGUAGGAAGAGAGAAGGAAACAGACACAGGAGGAUCUGCUCUGAGCCACCUUGGAAAGACAAAGUGCAGCAGAGGAUCAGCCAUCAAAGAGAAGAAAUGUGGCAAGUAACAACCUUGGUGCCAGACCAAAGCCACACAAGGAACAAGGAACCUCCUCAAGAAAACACACACAGUGACAGGAAGGCGCAGCACAAGGACAAAAUGAGAAAAGGACCAUCUGUUUGUUAGUGAGGAAGAGGUGAAAGCAGAGGAUACUGGAAUGAAGGGUUGAGUGUGGAGCAGGAGAGAGAGAGAGAGAGAGUGUUUGUGUCAGUGUACUAAGGGUGUUAAUGAGGCAUGUACAAUGAAGGGUGGUGCAAGGGAAAAGCUUGCCAACAUAUCCACAGCUCAGGUGACAGCUAUUUUGCCAUGGUUUAAAUAAAGCAAAGGAAUGCACACUGUUCUUUAUAUUGCUCCUACAGCCUAGGUACCUUUGUCAGGGAAGUGCUAUCCAGUCACAACACAAAACGCCAAGGAAAUGUGCUCAGCUUAUCAAUGAGGUUGUUACGUCUUGCUUUGAAAAAUCUGUUUAUUCUUAUUUUUUAUGCUCCAUUAUUCUGUUUGUUGUGUUUUUAGGAUUUAAUUGAACAUUUCGUUGUUUUUUUGUUAAUUUAAUCUCGUGUCUGUGAUUAGUAAGUAUGUGGCAUUUAGUAGUGUUUUAUAGGGUAUGUGUGAUGGUCAAAAUUUUCACUUCACCGUUUAGAAAAUUUGUAUUUGAAGCUCCUACUUGGUCUUUAUGGUAUCAAAGAGUCGCCUGUAUUCUUUUUAGUAUGGAAUCAACCUACUGAAUGAAAUAUAUGGACUUUGAAAUCGUGUUUAAUCGUG